AUGGUAUCUUGGUUUGCGCAGAACCUACAGCGACGGCUGUUGCUAUACUUCCUACAGAAAGUUUCAUUGUUCUCCCAGGUAGACAUAUCGGCUUUGGACGUUUCCCUAGGCUCAAGUUCGCAUUUUACAUUUCACGAUCUUGAUCUAGACGUUGACAAUAUCGACAUCCCAGACGUCACAGUGCGCAGUGGAUUUCUCAAGCAGCUGGAACUGCGCCUUACUGUAAGCGGUGGGCUUAGCGUCGAAGGAUCAGGAAUUGCAUUCGUCGUAAAGCCAAAUCUGUCCCGAGCCGCUGAUUCCCAGGCUUCCUCCUUUUCUCUCACAAAAACUGUUUAUGACCUCACCAGUUCUGUGAUGCAUAUGGAUGCUAAAGAUGGUAUGUUGGACGACGAAAUGGGGGCAGAAACUAAUAGCAGUCGAAACGAUAGUCGGGAAACCGAUUCAGAUUCUGCUGGCGCUCCAUCCGUACUUCAGGCUAUGAGGAACAAAGCACUCGACGUGGUGCUGUCGAAACUAUCUAUAAACCUGCGAAACAUUAGUGUGAAGUUUCUGUUCUCAGAAAACCAUACAGUAGAGUUAACACUUGAGGAAGUCAGUUUCGUCUCAGCUAAUGUUACCAGAGAGAUUAAAUUGAGUGGCUUAAUCAUUGCACAUAUCAAAAAGCCUUGGGAAACUGAGGAAGAUGAUCCAAAUUCUAAAACAGAAUCUACCAUGUCAGACUCUUUGAUAUACUCGAAAGUUGAAGCAACAUCUAUCUACAUGAGUGCGAUUCAGAGCGUCCAAGAAUUGGAAAACCACGUCCCUCAAGUUCCUCAUGCCCAUCCUGACAGCGAAAUUCUUUCCGUCAAUAAUUUGAAUGUUUCUUUCAAAGGUUUUAGUUCUAUCGAUGACAUUUCCAUGAGAGAUGCGGUGGUAGACUUCGAUGAGUGUCGGAUUGACCUGCCUUCUUUGUUAAAAUUGAACGAUCCAAUAAUACUGCCUCUGAUUUUAUUAGUGACAGCUAAGACAAAAAGCAAGAUAAAAGAUAUUGGUAUUCAAACGCCUCAAAACCUUCAAAAUUAUAGAAGGUUCCGAGAGGAGCAGGACCUGCAUGACGACCUUCAGUUUUCUAAACUAAGGGGCACCAAGAUUAGCAUAUUACUUUCAAAGGGUUUAGUUCUCGAAUUGGGCGAUAUCAAUGUGGUCACUAAUGAAAAGGAGCAAUUGGAACUCACAUUAAAAGGCAUCAACCUAAUUCAUAAUUCUUCGGCAUUACUUAUGGUAAGUGAAUGUAACGAAAAUCCACUAAUUCAGUCCACUAUUGAUCUGAACAGCGGAGAUGUCAAGACCAAGAUUCUUGAGAAGAUAAGCAUACAUUUGGAUACUACAACUCUGUUUGACAUUUUACAAUGCUCGUUACUUUUCCAAAAGUGUUUGAAGACCUGGAAUCAAAAUGUUUUCAAAGCUAAGAAAACGAGCGCAGACGCAAAACCAAGAGGUUUCGAGUUAAAUGGCAAGCCUGUGGAGGUGAAUUUCAACUUUGAGUCUUUUAGAUUGAACUUGCUCAUGAGUGACUUCUCUGUCUCAUUCCCUGGCACUUUAUUCAAGGCCGAAAAGGUUCAAUUGAAAUUUGAAGACUCCGCUCAACAUAAAGAGCUGAUGACAGUUAGUAACAUUGAAGUAAAAAUGCUUCCGUUUGCCUCCCAGCACGAUGCAUUCAAUCACAGCUUUGAUGAAGUUGUAGUAUCAUCCAAGUGUCAAAUUCGCAUAAAGAAAAUCGAACUAGCAUUUUUUCUCGAGUUAAUUGGUAUUAUAUCUCCAAAGUUGGAAGAGUUGAUUACACAGAUGAGUACUAUUACUUCAAAUCAUGCUUCAAGCAAAAGCACGCCCAAAAAAUCUCAAAGGCAUAUGAGGAGAAGUGUGCGAAUUAUGGGAUCUUCUGCUAUUAUCAGUAAACAGAGCUCUUCCGUUGAGUGCUUUGUGGACAUUGGAAGCAUAGUGGUUUGUUUAGAGGAUGCAUUACAGAAGUCAUUUGGUGAUCUCAAAGGACAUUUAGGUGGCUGUUCAUUGUAUAUCAAUAGCGAUCAGACUUUCACCGGAUACGCGAGGGAUCUACAUGUCAAGAGGCUUUUCCGAGAUAACACUGAGCCGUUGAUGGAAGUAAUUCAUGUGACGAACGACUUUAAACCGGUAUUCACAAUCCACCGUAAAUUAACUGGAAAAUUAUGCUGCGCUUUGAGAACUGUUUGCUUCUAUUACUAUGCACGAUGGCUAGAUUUUGUUUCGCAAAAUCGCGAACAAGAAACUACUACUCGAAACAAAUCAGGUAGUGCCGAGGUCGAUAGCUUAUCUUUAGACGUUAAACUUACAGAUUGUGCUAUUUCCUUUAGUCCAUACCGACUAAAAUCUCAACUCCUUUUAGUUUUAGGCAAAUGUGCCAUUGAAUUAGCGGUUCCUUCCCUGAAAGUGAAAACGAAUUUGAGGUCCACUUCAAUAUUACUCAUCGACGAUCUCUCAAACUUCAAUCACGAUUCAAAUUCCAAUUUCGCUUCAUUGCCAGCAUACUAUGUCGAUCGCGGAUUUGUCAAUAUUGGAAAGCUAGAUAAAGGCCAGUUUAGUCUGGAAAAAUCCGCAAGCGGGCUGAUCGUUACAGCGGAUUUGGGUAGUAUAUGCUUAUUUUUAUGUGCUGAUUCCAUGCAGGCUUUAGUGCAGGUGGCAUUAGAUUUAGGAAUUCCACUGACAUUUCCUGAUGAUCAAAAGUACAGGACAAAGCCUUCACAAGUGAAAGUGUUUGAAGGCGUAGAAGAGGAAUACUUCACUAAUCAAAGACUCCAAUUGGACCCCAUCGCAAGUAGAGAUGAGUUGUUCCCGAUUUUUGAUGAUUCAAUUGGUGCUUCGCAUAAGCCGCAGUCGAAUGAAAGCACGAAUAUGCCUAGAAGCACAACUUCGGAGAACAGUUGCCAUACUAUAUUGAGUGCUCAGGACAAUUAUAUUAAUACAAAAGUUUCUCGCCAGGAUCAGAAGUCGCGGCCAGAAGAAAUGAACGUUGGGAUAAAAUUGAACCUAACCCUCAACUCCGCUACUUUAAAGCUAUAUGAUGGGUUUGAUUGGGCAUAUACAAGAAGAUCUAUAUCAGAUCUGAUAAACCAAAUUGAGAGUGAGUUGCAGCAACAAAUUUCCACGAAAUCAGAGCCGGUAAAGGCUUCCGUUUUUGACUCCAUCUACCUCUUUGCUGGAUCAGAUGUCGAUGCUGAUGUGUUACGGCAACAAAUUAACAAAGAUUUGCAAAGCGAACCAAGCAUUUCAAUUAAAGGUUCCCCUAAAAAAUUGAGACUGCGGCCCUCCAAGAACUACAAGGCUCGAAUUGAAAUAGCUGGAUUGAAGGCGUCUAUUUUGCGUUAUAGUGUUGACGACCCAACGGAGCUAACAAGUGACAUGUCAGCAGAUACGCUGAAUGAUAUAAAGCUUUUAAUAGAGAAUGUCGAAGUAAUCGAUAAUGUUCCAACCUCUACGUGGAACAAACUGGCUAGUUACUGGAAGGAAGAGCCAAGGGCGAAAGGUUCAGACAUGAUAUCUCUUGAUAUAAAAACAGUAAGGCCUGUUGAUUUUUUGGCUGCGACUGAGCUAAUCUUGAAGGUAAGGGUUUUGCCAUUGAGAUUACACAUCGAUCAAGAUACUUUGGACUUUCUGAUGCGUUUUUUUGAGUUCAAGGAUUCAAGGUUUGAACUGGUUGACGAAUAUCCCGAUUUUGUUUACAUUCAGAAGCUAGAGGUUCAAGCUGUGAAGAUUAAGAUGGAUUAUAAGCCCAAAACGGUGGAUUAUGCUGGUUUGAAAUCCGGUCAUACUAGCGAGUUUAUGAAUUUUUUUAUUUUAGAAGGAUCAAAGCUUCGACUGCGUCAUGUAGUUGUGUAUGGGAUAAACGGGUUCCCUGAGCUGAACAAGUUGCUGAAUAGCAUUUGGAUGCCAGAUAUUACUGGGAAGCAACUACAAGGUAUCCUCGGUGGUGUUGCUCCCAUGAAAACGAUCGUUACUUUAGGGACGGGUGUUAAAGCCCUAGUUUCAACACCUAUUAAAGAGUACAAAAGAGAUCAGAGUUUAGGGCGGGGAUUGCAGAAAGGAACUCAGGUUUUCAUCAAGGUGACUACUGGUGAGUUUGUACGUCUCGGUGUGAAGUUGGCAUCUGGCACGCAGGCCAUGCUGGAAAAUGCUGAGGAAUUUAUGGGAGGUGAAGGUCCUCAAGCACGCAACUACAGACUCAGAGAUGUAGAAGUGGACGUUGUCUCGGAGGACGCCUUUCUAAAGUACGAAAAAUUAGUAGGUGGACGUAACCCGAGGGACGAUCAAGACAAUCUUGAGGCGUUCGUAGUCGAGCCGGGAGCUACCGAAAAAGAUGCCCCGAAGAUUUUUAGCCUCUAUGCUGACCAACCUGCAUCGCUGAAACAAGGUUUAAAAGAAGCGCAAGGAUCGUUCGGCAAAAAUGUGCAACUCGCCUACGAUGCUGUGCGCAAAGCGCAGAAUGAGAUCAGAGAAAGCGGUAAUGCCCAAGAAACUGUUUCUUCUUUUGCUCGCGUGGUUCCCGUAGCUCUUUUGCGGCCCAUCAUUGGAGCAACAGAAGCCCUUUCGAAAGCACUGCAAGGAAUUUCAAAUGGCAUUGAUGACGAGCAGAUAGCGCUGCUUAAGGACAAAUAUAAAUCGCAGAAUUAA